UUUAUUUCUUAAUUUAUCUAUUGUUUUAAUUAGGAAAUAUAAUAAAAGUUGUUGUUUUAUUUUUAGUAUAAAAUGGUUUUAAAUCAGUGUAGGCUGUGCUUAGAUACUGGAGCGGUUACUAAUAUAUACGAAAAACAAGGCGAAGUUAUGAUAUCAACCAAAAUAAUGUCUUUAGCUAAUGUAAAAAUAUAUCCAGAUGACGGCUUGCCUGACAAAGUGUGCUUUAAAUGUUUAUUACAACUGCAUAGCUGUUUACUUUUCAUACAACAAUGCGAAAAAGUUGAUGUCAAACUCAGAAAAGUGAAGAAGGAAACUGUUUAUUUAGGGUUUAAUGAAUACUGUGCAGACACAGAUAAUAAUAAAAAUAAUGCUUCACAAGACAAUAAAGAAAACUUAGAAGAAACAAUAAGUCAUAAAGUUGUGGAAGAAGAUGUAUGCAUUGAGAAUUCUCCAAUAUGUGAGAGUGUAGAAAACUUGCAAACAAAAGACGAGUUGCAGUUGGUCAUAAAGAAUGAAAAAACAAGAAGAAAAGUUCAGAAAGAGCAAUGUUUCACUUGUGGAAAAGUUUUAUCUUCAAAAUACAGAUUAAAAAUGCAUAUUCGCAUACAUACAGGUGAAAAGCCAUAUUCAUGCGCCAACUGUGGUAAGAGCUUCUCACAGCCAGAAAACCUGAAAGUUCAUAUGCGGAAACACACAGGAGAGAAACCUCUAGAGUGCACUAUAUGUGGAGUGCAGUUCGCCCACUCCUCGAGCCUACUGGCUCAUAAACGGAAACACACCGGCCAAGUGCCUUAUGUAUGCACGCUCUGCCCCCGAAGGUUCCGGACGUUGGGGCAUUUGCAGUACCAUAUACGCCGUCACACCGGUGAAACAAACUUCGAGUGUGACGUCUGCUCCCGUGCUUUCAUCACCCGCAGCGAACUCAAGCAGCACAUCCUCUCCCACACGAAAGAAAAGCCUCACGUUUGUUCCACUUGCGGCACGCGUUUCGGGCGCGCGGCCAACCUCAGUCGACACAUAAGACACCAGCAUAAAGGGGACAAACCGUAUGCUUGCGAUAAAUGUAUGCACAAGUUUGCGCAAAAGUCGGAUUUAGAUCGGCAUAGGAAGACGCACGAGAAGCGGAAGACUUGAUUUGAGAGUGUGUGUGAUACGUUGUAUAUUUUGCCACGAGUUGUCUUAUUUGCUUAAGUAAUAAAGUGUUAUCAAAGUU